AUUAAAUGAGUUCCUAAUACUAAUUAAAAGUUUGUUAGUCUAACUUUCUCGUUAGGUGUUACAUAUACCUAUAAGAUGGUGAAUAUUAUUCUAUUAUCAACUACUCUGAUGGUGCUGCUACCUGCCAGUCAGUCGUACAUUCUCCUCUCAGCAAAUAUGGAUGACGUCCACCUGCUAGCGACGCAGCUGUACACAUCUCCUGUGGUUGACGAGCUCGGCAAGAUAUGGAGGAGAGCAUCGAAGCAGUUCAUGGAGACAUUAAAAAAGACCGAAGAUGGGAACUAUUAUUCAGACAGCUACAACGGCCGACGUAAAAAUGACGAUGAACAACAGUUCCUGGUAGAGUUGGGGAAAAAAGCAACCGUUUACCUGAAAUCAUUCAGACGUAUGAUUGAUAACAUAUCAGAUUGA